GUGAAUCCAAUCCAUAUUGUGAAGAACUCACCCGACGGCACGACGCUGCUAAUCAGGGUGUGCAUGGCCAUGCAGGAGUCAAGAGGUACCAUGGCCUUUGUCUUUGUGCCUGCAUGUUGCUUGGGAUGUACUACCAGUCGCCGGCUGCAGGUGCAAAUCGCCAGGCGACAUCCAUCGAUGAAGUUGGUUUUUCAGCAGCUGCGACACCCGAUCUUGCCAUUUCUCCCAUGCAGGUCUUGUUGAGUGUCCGGCAGCGUAUCGCUUCUGCGGCUCUGCGGUCAACCAGCGUUCCUUCAUGCACUGAGAAACAACGUCCACAGGUUUUGGACCGUGCGGCGACCCUGUGUUCCUUGGACUUGGACGAGGAAGCACCAUACAUAUCCCCCAACGAGACAGUGUCUUUGAAUCAGUCGGUCAUGGAAGAUGGGAGAGAUUCUCACUUUCCUGGCAAUGUGCCUGAGGGCCACAUCACAUUGAACCUAGAAAGAUCCGAGCAGGAGAUUGACAUCAUCAACGACGUGGUACACUACAAGAGUGCGUACUAUGGCACCAUCAUGGUCGGCAAUCCGCCGAAGCCUUUCACCGUCGUCUUCGACACAGGAAGCGGGCACUUGAUACUACCAAGCUCGUAUUGCCACACUGCCACCUGCAAAGUACAUCGGAGGUACAGGCGCAGCUCCUCAAGUACCGCACGAGACAUUGACUGGGAUGGCCGCGUGGUCAAAUCUGGCGAAGCUCGUGACCAGAUCACCGUGUCUUUCGGCACAGGUGAGGUGACUGGUGUGUUCAUGGAGGAUGACCUAUGCUUCGGGCAGCGCGGUCCGGGCAUCGAUAAGAGCAGCGCAAACGUGCCUGUUUCAGGACAAGGCGGCGAAAGCUGUGUCAGCAUGCGUUUCAUUGCAGCAACUGACAUGUCCGCAGAUCCUUUCAAGGAUUUUGUCUUCGACGGUGUCCUCGGUCUGGGGUUGGAAAGCCUGUCGCAGACAUCGGCUUUCAAUUUCCUGCAGGUUGCCUCUGGCCUGACAAGUGCUCGCGGGAGUGACUUCAGCAAAACCUUUGGCAUCUUCCUGGCGACUCACAACGAGGAGACUAGCCAAAUUACGAUGGGUGGCUGGGCUGAAGAGCACUUGCAAGAAGAGGUGAGCUGGAGUCCUGUGCUUGACCCGGAAUUGGGCCACUGGCUCCUGAAGAUCCAGGCGAUCUGGAUUGACGGUGAGAAGCUGCCUUUUUGCGAUGAGGGCUGCAAGGCCGUGGUGGACUCUGGCACGUCACUCCUUGCAGUUCCGACUCCAAUUUUUCCGGAGCUGUAUGAACGACUGAGGGCGCCGGCAUCUUUGUCGGGUGACUGCUCGUCGCAGAGUCCCAGUCUCAAGAUAGAGCUGAAUGGCUUCACGCUGACCUUGGACGGGGAGGAUUUCAGCCGGCUCGACCAAAAGGGAAGCGCGCGUGCACCAGCAUGGGGCCAGUCGCAGACACCUGCAGAGGGCGCGACGCGACGGGACAUGAUGUGCAAGCCGAUGCUGAUGGUGAUGGAUCUGCCAGAGCCCAUAGGGCCGAAGCUCUUCAUCCUCGGCGAGCCGGUGCUGAAGACCGCCUGCGGUGCAUUGCGGCGCUGCAUGCCGGCGCUUCCGGCUCCGCGCAGGAAGUUCUACACGGUCUACGACGCGGAGAAGAAGCGCCGCUGGCCCAAGUGUCCCCAUGGCUACAAAGUCACCCAGGAAGAGGAGCUCUCCUCCGAGGCUCCAUGUCGGAACUUGUCCGAGUGUCUGGCCCGGCAUGUGUCGCAGGAGGUCAGCUUCCACUUUGUCGACCUCAGCGAGUGCUUUCUUCGGAGCUUACUGAUUGCAGGCAGCUUCGGCGUCCAGCCUUCCGAAAGCUCAGAUGUCAUGGCAGAGACAGGCCUGCAAUCGGUGCUCCCGAUACCAGGGCAGCCGGAGAACAGCGGACGUCCUUUGCCUCAGCUGACCGAACGCCAAGAGCAUCAAAGCGUUAUGCGGGGCAGCGAUGAGGACCGAAAGGAUGACGACCACGUCCGAGAACAAGCCAAUUUUGCAAUGCAAGUUCAAGGGAAGGCGGAAGCAGAAGAGGAUGUGGAACGACAGCAGAAAGUCUACAUGGGCAUAGAGGUGGAUGCCAACCAGGGCGGUGAGCGUGGCAUGUGGGCAGCUUUUGAGGCAACCAUACCUGUGAUGUACUUUUUCUACAGCGGGUGGCUUCUUCGCAUCCUGGACGGUUUGUGGAAGUUGGUGAAAGGCGAUCCGUUCUUCGACGAAUACUUUGGUUUCGUUGGGAGGAGCAUGUUGACGCUCUUCCAAGCAACAACGACCGAAGGAUGGGCAGACAUAGCGAGACAGGUAAUGGACAAGCAGCCUUGGUUCUCUCUCUUUUUUAUCCUCUACCUGCAUGCAGCGGUAACGACUUUUGCCAUUCUAAACGUCAUGGUCGCUGUCAUUGUCGAGAGCACGCUGGACGAGGCGGAUCAGAGCAAGCUCAAGUCUGCCGAGAAACGGCUGGAAGAUCUCCGCCGUGCUUAUGACAAGAUCUACAAGGUCUUUCAGGACGGUGACUGCAACCAGGUGAUCGGCAGUGCGAAAGCAAAAGACAUCAUGGCAGUGCAUUGCGAGUUGCGCCGCUCAGAAAAAGAGGGUCGCCAGCAGAUAUCGGUCAUGGAACAGCGCAUCGGCCGGCAGUUGGACGUUGUGGAGACAGGCGUGCAGUCGCUCAGGCACGAUGACAUGAAGCAGCAGCUCACCCUGAACCUUGAAGCGGUGCAGCCCCGGGCUUCAGCGGAGGCUGGUUUUUACGACAGCCGCGAAUUUGGCGAAGUUCGAAAACUUGAGAUUCUGAGAUGCUCCGCAGGUGUGACUGUGGAAUGUGUGGUGGUUGCAGAACGUGGUGGAUCAGGAGUCGAUCAACUUGAGCUAUUGUUCACGGAGGCCAUGCUGCACAGCCGGAUGAUGUCAAGGCCACUUCGGGCACUGGGCUCGCUGGGACGUGGCCGCCGUGGCCUGUCGCAAGAGCCCAGCCUGGCAGCAGCGGCUGCCUACCAGCAGCCCCCAACAAAGGUGACGACGCUUCCGAGUGGCAUGAGAGUCGCAUCGCAAUACACGCCCGAUGAGACUGUCACAGUCGGCGUCUGGAUCGAUGCAGGCAGCCGCUUCGAGACCAAGGAGAACAAUGGCACUGCUCACUUUCUAGAGCACAUGGCCUUCAAAGGCACAAAGCGGAGAAACCGAAUUCAACUGGAGCAGGAGAUCGAAAACAUGGGGGGGCACCUGAAUGCGUACACCUCCCGAGAGCAGACGGUGUACUAUGCCAAGUGCUUCAAGACCGACCUGCGCAAUGGUGUGGACAUCCUCGCAGACAUCCUGCAGCAUUCCACGCUGGACCAGGCACAUUUGGAGUUCGAACGGGGCGUCAUCCUUCGAGAGAUGGAAGAAGUGGAGAAAACAACCGAGGAGGUCAUUUUUGACCGUCUGCAUCUCGCAGCCUUCCACGACAGCCCGCUGGGCUACACAAUCCUGGGACCUGUUGAGAACAUCCAGUCGAUAACCCGAGAGCAGCUGCGAACAUACGUUGAGUCGAACUACCUUGCAGAUCGAAUCGUCGUUGCAGCUGCUGGACCUGUAGACCAUGGCGAGCUUGUGCGCCACUCCGAAGAACUCUUCUGCCAUUUUCGACCAAGCAACGGCCAGCAGCGGAGAGAGGGAAAGGCAGCCUUCUAUGGCGCAGAGCUGCUCUACGGGUCAGCAGAGGAGAGCUUGGCUCAUUUUGCCAUUGGAUAUGAAGGAGUUCCUUGGACUCACCCGGACUCGCUGACAUUCAUGGUCCUACAGACCAUCAUCGGGAAUUACAAGCGGAAUGAAGGGCUCGUGCCUGCGAGACUUUCCAGCAAUCGGCUCACGAACAGCGUGGCCAACCACCUCGGUCCAGGUGCAGAAUCAUUUGCCGCUUUCAACACUUGCUACAAGGAUACAGGAAUCUUCGGUGUUUAUGGUGAGAGCGAUGAAGCAACGCUGGAUGGAUACUUGGAUGAGCUGCUCUUUGCGAUCAGCAACCUCGCAUUCUCGGUCACGGAGGAGGAGGUUGAGCGAGGGAAGAGGCAGCUGAAGACCACCCUUUUCGGCAGUUUAGAUUCCACGACUGCUAUCGCAGAGGACAUCGGCCGACAGCUUCUGGUGUAUGGUCGACGUGUUCCGCUAACCGAGCUCCUGUUGCGCCUAGAGGCCAUCAACACUCAAGAGGUGCAGCGUGUUGCCAGAGA